AUGCAGCCACCACCGCGAAAAGGGAACUACACCAAGUUCCUGAAGAACCUGCACACCGAGCAGCUGGCCAAGCUAGCGCUCAAGAACCAGAACGAGUGCGAACUGCUGGAGGACAUCCGCCAGUUCACGCUCAAGCGGUCGGCCAUCGAGAAGUCGUACAGCGAGGCCCUGCUGAAGAUAUCGUCGGCCUAUCUGAACAAAAAGCAAGCCUGCAUCCCGGAGAUCAAAAUGGACGGUGCGGACGAGAAAUGGAACAUGUGGAGCGUGUGGCAGACGGUGCUGGAGGAGAACGAGAAGCUCGCCCGGGCCCGGCUGGCGGCGGUGGAGGUGUUCCAGCAGCAGAUCGCCGACGAGGCGAAGGUGCUGCGUAGCACCAAGCUCAACAGCAGCAAGCGGUGCGUCGAGCAGCUGUCGGUGGUGCAGAAGGAGCUCCAGAACUCGGUGCAGGACGUGGACAAGACGAAGAAGAUUUACUUCGACGAGGAGCACAGUGCACACGACGUGCGCGACAAGGCGCGCGACAUCGAGGAGAAGCUGAAGAAGAAGAAGGGCUCGUUCUUCCAGUCGAUCACGUCGCUGCAGAAGAACAGUGCCCGGGUGACGUCGCGCAAGGAGCAGCUGGAGGAAAAGUCGACCGGCGCCCGGAACGACUACAUCCUCAGCCUGGCGGCAGCCAACGCGCACCAGAACCGCUACUUCACCAUCGACCUGCAGACGACGAUGGCCACGAUGGAGAACUACGUGUACGAGCGGGUGGCCGACUACCUGGCGCUGAUCGGGCGCACCGAGCUGCUGACGUGCUCGGCCACGCAGAACUCGUUCGGCAAGAUCCGCGACCAGGCGCAGCAGUUGACGCGCGAGUACAACCUGCAGUGCUGCUACCUUUACUACCCGGUGCUGAAGCAGCACAUCCAGUACGAGUACGAACCGUGCGACAAUGACCCGGUGACGAAGAUUACUGCCGACCACGACUCGGCGGCGGAGACGCUGAGCCGGGAGGGUAAACGGUGGGCCGGCCGGGUGGCCCGCGAGAGCAACCUCAUCCGGGAGUGUGCCCGGAAGCUGGCGGUGUGUACGGCGCUGCGCGAGGCCGGCCACCGUAACGACCCGAACGACCAGAACGGGCCGGACCUGGAGACGAAGAUCGACGAGUUCCGCGAGACGAUCCGACGGUCGGAAAUUGCGAAGGCGAAGGCGGAAGCGCGCCUCGAGUGUCUGCGCAUCGGCGGCAUCAACGUGGACGAGUGGAUCCAGGAGGCGGAGACGCUCAGCGUGCAGGAGAUGCCCCGUUCGGCCAGCUCCCUCUCGAUGCGUACCGAUGCUUCCGGCCAAGGGGAGAAUCCCAGUUCCGACUCCUUCUACGACAGUGACAACGCUGAGCAGGACCAACCGGUGUCGGAGUCGUCGCCGGCACCGAAACAGCCGGAACCACCGGUGGACGAAUUCGUGGCCGACAGUGACGACGAUGAGGCGAAGUCUUUGCCCCGCUCUUUUUCUGCAGACUUUGGUGUCGAACAGGAGCGGCAAAAGAUCGAGCAAAUAUCGCACGGUUGGGACGAUCCCGUCAACGUGGACUGGGGUGCAGAGGAGGCGGCGGCGGCUGCGACCACCAGCAGUACUGGUGCGGUGGAGCCGGUGGCCUCCCUCGCCCAGCAGCAGCAGUCGGCCAGCGCGGCUCAAACGUUCAAGUGUACCGCGCUCUACUCGUACACCGCGCAGAAUCCGGACGAGCUGACGAUCGUCGAGAGCGAACAGCUGGAGGUGGUCGGCGAAGGGGACGGCGAUGGGUGGCUGCGGGCGCGGAACUACCGCGGCGAGGAGGGCUUCGUGCCGCACAACUACCUGGACGUCGAGCGAGACACACCGGUGGACACGCACACCGGGCCCGCCCAGCUGACGUCGCAAAUUUCGUUCUCCUCCGUCGACUACACCGUCGACAACGAGGACCAGGACCACAUGCAGGACUCGGGCCAGUCGCCGGACCAGAUCUCGGUCAUAUCGGCACCACGCAAGCUCAACAAUCAGCUGUACUGCGUGGCGCUGUACGACUACGAUGCCACCGCCGAGGACGAGCUGACUUUCGAGGAGGGCCAGAUAAUCAAGCUGAUCACCAAGAGCCCCCACGGUGUCGACGAUGGCUGGUGGGAAGGUGAGCUGAUGGGCAAGAUCGGCAACUUCCCAUCGCUGGUGGUGGAAGAGUGUGACGAGAACGGGGAGCCGCUCACCGAUGCCGAGGAUGAGUCGCCGCCACCGUCGGCACCGCCGACGUUUGCCGCACCGGCUCCACCGCCGCCGAUGAUACUUCACGAAGCAACACCACCGGAAGGUCAAAGUCCAAACUUGGCCAACUCGGGACCAGCGAUCGAUAGGUUUGAGUUUGAGCUGAACAACGACCAGCACGAGCAGUACGGGUCCCAGUUUUCAGGUCCGCCACCGUCGCAACCACCACCGGUUGUGAUCUGUGAGGAUCCGGAGGCCGAGGAAGCAGCUACUAUCGAAGAGGAAUCUCAGCGGCAAGGCGCAGCGACCGCAGCCGCAGCAGCUACUGCUAGUGGCGACAGCAACCAGCUGAACUUUGCUCAGAUCAUCGUGACGGCCGCCACGCCCAUGCACGAGGACGCGAACAAGAAGUUCGACCCCUCCACCGAGCAGCCGGCCGGGCGUGAGGCAGACUCCGAAACCGAGGCAGAUAUCGUCGAAAAGCAGGAGCAAGAGCAGCAGGAGCGGAGCAGUAAGAAAAAAUCUCAGGACGCUCCAGAAGUCGACCAGUCGCCGGUGACGUCACCGCCCGAGAAGGCUUCCUCGCCGCCGAAACCACCGAAGGCGGCGACCCCACCAAAACCGGCCAAACCUCCAUCGCCACCGAAGCCGGCCCCGCCCAAGGGAACCCCGGAGAAGCCGGCCACGGCACCGAAGCCCACGAACGUGACGGUGAAGGUGGCCAAAAAACCGGAACGCAUCCGAAACCCGGAGCCCGAACCGGAGCCGGAGCUGGAACCGUCGGCGGCGGUGGUUCCGAUCGAGGACCCGGUCGCCCCGUUCGAGGCGACGUUUGAAGCGAACUUUGAGGCGAACUUUGCGGCAAACUUUGACGACGCGUUCGGGGGCAGCCAGCCGGAAGUUCCGAAGCAGGUGGUCGGAGGACGGGCCAGCAUACCGGAGGAGCUGGAACCGCACCAGCUAGCGCGGCUACAGAAUUUGAAGGAAUCGAACGCAUAAUAGGUCGGUUGGCGCAGUAGAACGGGUUAACGGGGGACGCUCCGAUGUUUGGGGUAACCACAGGACCAUCACCAGUCACAGUAUUUGUUCAGCCGCUCAGCGAUCCUAUUGUUCCCAAUUGUUCCACGCAAAGAGACCUCGAGGAGCCCUAUCCUGCUCCGCAACUCUGCAGGCGCCAAGUUAGCGCAAUACAAUCUGCUACAACAAUCACAUAGGAGGCCCAUCCGUGAACGGGUUCUUUCCAGCGGUGUUUUUGAGUGUGCAUUAUUCCUGAAGCCAA